AUCAUGGAGAUUUCAUCAAAAGAAAAUACUCACUUUUUCUCAAACAACACAAUCUUGCCUGUGGACCGGUCUUCAUUCAAAUCCGAAUCAUCCACAUCCAAGGAAAAACAGUCGUGUUGUGGAGGUAUAAAGAUAUUUCUUGUUGCAUUGUCUUUUGUUUAUUUUGCUAAAGCACUGUCAGGAAGUUAUCUAAAAAGCACUAUCACACAAAUAGAAAGAAGAUUUGACAUCCCUUCCUCUUUGGUUGGUGUUAUUGAUGGAAGUUUUGAAAUUGGGAACCUCCUGAUCAUAAUUCUAGUGAGCUACUUUGGAGCAAAGCUUCAUAGGCCAAGAAUAAUUGGAGCAGGCUGCUUAAUUAUGUCAGCUGGAACAUUCCUAAUCGCAAUGCCCCAGUUCUUCAUGGGACGAUACCGGUAUGAAAGAUUCCCUUCCACCAUCAAUUCCACUGUUAGCCUCUCUCCAUGUCUGCAGGAUAAAAACCAAACUCCACUCUCAGCCUUGGAGAAACCUCAAGCAAAAAUAAAUGCAGGGUGUGAAAAGGAAGCAGGCUCCUACAUGUGGAUCUACGUUUUACUCGGAAAUCUUCUGCGUGGAAUAGGUGAAACUCCCAUCCAGCCCCUGGGAAUUGCAUACAUUGAUGAUUAUGCUGUUGAAGAGAAUGCUGCCUUAUAUAUUGGCUGUGUACAGACAGCUGCGAUUGUAGGGCCAAUAUUUGGCUUUCUCCUGGGAUCCCUCUGUGCCAAACUUUACGUUGACAUUGGCUUUGUAGACCUGGACAGAGUCACAAUAAGUCCCAAGGACGUGCAGUGGGUGGGAGCGUGGUGGCUGGGGUACUUGAUAGCUGGGGUCAUCAGCGUCCUGGCCGGCAUCCCCUUCUGGUUCCUGCCCAAGCACCUCCCAAAACCUGAGAGCAGGAAGGACUCCAGCACCUCUUCUGAGCACUCAAAGUUCAUUGAGGAGAGCAAGGACCAACACACAUCCUAUUGGCAACAAGCGAAGCUGGCAGAGAUGGCAAGAGAAUUCUUGCCAUCACUGAAGAACCUCUUUGGGAAUCCAGUUUACAUUCUGUAUUUGUGUGCAAGUAUCAUUCAGUUCAAUUCUUUAAUUGGCAUGGUGACAUAUAAGCCAAAGUAUAUUGAACAACAGUAUGGGCAGACAUCUUCAAAAACUAACUUUGUUAUAGGUCUAAUUAACAUUCCUGCUGUGGCCUUUGGCAUAUUCUCUGGAGGACUGAUCAUGAAAAAAUUCGGAAUCGGUGUUUUAGGGGCUGCAAAACUUUCCUUGGGAUCAUCUUUCUUUGGUUACCUUUUGCUCCUCUCGUUGUUUGCGAUGGGCUGUGAGAACUCGGACGUGGCCGGGCUGACUGUGUCAUACCACGGAAGUAAACCAAUGACUGAUUACGAUCAAGCCCUGUUUUCAGAGUGCAACUCAGGCUGCUCAUGCUCCAAGGACGACUGGGACCCCAUCUGUGGGGAGAAUGGAGUUACCUACGUUUCCGCCUGCCUCGCCGGCUGCCAGGCAUCCAACGGCAGCGGGAAAAACACCGUAUUUUUUAACUGCAGCUGCGUGGGAACCUUUGAAUCUUCACAAAGCUCCUCAGCUGUGGUGGGACCAUGUCAAAAAGGAAAUGAGUGUCCCAAAAUGUUUCUGUAUUUUCUAGUAAUAUCAGUUAUCACUUCAUACACUUUGUCAGUAGGUGGCACACCCGGAUACAUACUGCUUCUAAGAUGCAUUAAACCCCACUUGAAAUCACUUGCACUUGGUAUCUAUACCCUGGCAAUAAGAGUACUUGCCGGGAUUCCAGCCCCAGUGUAUUUCGGAGUAGCCAUAGAUACCACUUGCCUGAAAUGGGGAAGCAAAAGAUGUGGGGGAAGAGGAGCGUGCAGACUCUAUGACUCCAGUGCACUCAGGUAUGUGUACCUGGGGCUGACUUUGGUCUUGGGCACCGUGUCCAUUUUCUUCAGUGUUGCUGUCCUUUGGGUUCUCCGAAAAAGGUUUUCUCCACAAGAUGAGACCCUCUCAGCCAACGGGGAGAGAGGCACCUGUGGGACAAAGAGCAGAAAAGAUAAUUUUGUCAACAGUGACCGGUUAAUCCAGUCAAUUUACUGGCCAGAAAAGGAGACCAGACUUUAGGAAAACUGAUAUCUCCACUGUGAUUUCACCCAGUGGGUGGUGUUCCAGGCAAAAAUCCAUCAUCAGAGAAGCAGUAUCUUAGCAGCCACCCUGAAAAUGUUCACCUUCUUGCAAUUUCCACUGUAAACCCCGAAAGCAAAGACCGUCAAUUUUCAGCACGUGAACGGGUCUAAAAACACUGCUCACCAAUUUUCCUGCAGAGUGAGGGGAUUUCCUGUGGCUGGGGAGGUGCAGACAAACCCAGACACCGUUUUUGCAGCUGCCCCUCAGCUCCCUCCCUCCUCACGAAGCUGCAAGAACCGCUGCUGCCCCUGGGUUUCCUCCUGGGUGUGAGGGGUAGAGGAGAGGCUGCCAGGCAGCUCCCUCUGCCAUGGGACCAGCCAAGACGAGCCGGGGCACAAAACCUGACCGGGCAACCUGGAAGGUGAAGAGAUCUCCAGCACACAGCCCGUCCUUGCAAACAGCGAGGCACAGGGAAGGAGGAAGGUGUCUUCUGGAAGGACAAAUCAGCCACAGGCUCCGGACACCACGAGAAUUCGAUCCAGAACACUUAGGAUGCCAAGUGUUGUGGUUAGGAAUCUGUUUUCCAGUAGCUUUGUUAGAGCGCAACAGUCAACAAUGGAAGUUGUCCUUACAGUCAAAAGGACCACGAGAGUACCAUCCAAAGGAAACUGGAAUGAAAGUAGAGCUUUUUUAGGUUUCCAGCAGUUUCUUGCUACUUUCUAGUACUCAGUGUACUAAAUAAUUCCAUGCACUUUAUGAUGUAAUAACAAAAUAAUACAAGAUACAUA